UGCUUUAAUCGACUCUUGACAUCAUUUCUAGAAAAAAGGAUUAUAGAACAUUCAUAAAUGAUUGAACUACACAAUCCAACUUACAAACUGAUCCAAAAUUGGUAUAAUGAUAAAAAUUUUCGUAUGAAUAAGAAAGAUUCUUUCUUUUCCAAGCUAACGACUUUCCAAUUUAGAAACCCAAUUGAAACAGAUUAAAUAAGUCUGUAGUGUAUUUUUAAUUCAUUUAUAGUUCAUGUUUAUAACCCCAACUCUUAUUCCGCCGGCGCGUGUAUGUGCACGUGCGUAAGGUGGGAGAGAGGAAAAUGGCGGUGGUCAGGACUGGUGCUGAGUUGACGAACUUGAAGCUUUGAUGAAUAAUUCGAAAUAAUAGAACCUCUGAUUUUUCUUUUCGAACACGAGAACCAAUAUAAAAACUCAACAAAUUCCAUAUGUAUAUGUAUAAAAAGAAAAAAAAAGAAGAAGACAAGUUUAUCUUUUUAUGUUUUUGAAAAUUCACUAUUUAAAUUGUGUUUUCUUUUUUGUUUGUUUUUUUAAUUUAUUAUGAUGUAAUGUAAAGAGUCGGACUAAACAAACCCAAUUUACAAUUUUUGGUUUGUUUGUUCUGUCACCAAUCAGGAAUUGUCUACUUUUCUUUCUUUUUUUUUCCUAUUCAUUAUUUUUAUAAUCAGUUCAUAAAAAAGUAGUUUUUAUGUUUUUUUUUUUCAAUUUGAAUUAUUUUUGAUAAUGUUUGACCCUGAAUAUGUUGCAAUGAUAUUUCCUGACACCUACACCUCAUUUAUGUUUGAUAACUUUUUAAUUAAUUUUAGGAGGACUGUGGCCAUUUGAUUUUGUGUUUUUGUGUUAGAGAGGCUUGGAAAGAGAAGGAGAUAAUUUAUAAUUCUUAUCGAGAAGUAGAUUCUUUUUAUACGGAUUAUUUUUCCCUUUUUAUUAUUUUUUUUUUGGGAUUUGAUUUUUAAGGGCUAGGGUUUGCUGUCUCUAUACUUUACUCUCUUCCUUGUUUAUGAUUAUUCAAGGUACGAACUCACUUGGGUCGUUGAUAUUUUCAUAAUUCCUCAUCUGGGCCACUUGACGUUCCUCUCUUUCGCAUCUGGGUCGGUCGGUAAUCUUGCUUUCCUUCUCUCAAUCGCCUCAAGUCGCUGGAUUUUUCCUUGUUUUCUCGCUCGAUUCGUGGGUUUCCUCAUCUGGGUUUUUGUUUUUCGAUUUUUUUCUUGAAUUUAGAGUAUUUUUAAGGUUAAAAUCGAGGGCUUUUUUUUACUACUUGAUUCCAUUAAUUAGUGAAAUUUGUUCUUCUGGUUUCGUUUUGCGUUUUUCCUCUGUAAAUUUCAUGGGAUCAAGUUGCUAGGACCUCUGUAUGAGUACAAUUUUUUUCUUCUUCUGUGAUUUAGCUCUCUUUCAUUAUUGCUCCGCAGAAGGUAGAAUUUUUGAAUUAGAAUACUGAUUAGGAGGACAUUGCUGCCUGGUUGUGAUGAAUUUUUCAAUUUAGCUCUACUCUGAGGACGUUGACGACUUUCCUUUACCAAAAGGAAGUUUAAUACCUUGUCAACUCUCUAGGAAUCUGUUCAGAACAAAUGUUUCAUCCUCAGGGAGCUUCGAAACAAUCUUGUAGUCUCUUAGCAGUUACUUGCGGCGGUGUCUCAGAAUCAAAACUUAAAAAGGAUGUGUUAGGGAAUCAGUCGGCAUAUCCCUUCCCGGAGUUGGUCUCUGCAGGGCGUUUGGAGGUUCAAACUCUGACUAGCCCAAGCAAAGAGGAGUUUUCUAAACUUCUUGAAUCUUAUAAACCAAAUCUUGUAUACUUACAAGGAGAACAACUUGAGAAUGAUGAGGUUGGCGCUCUAGUGUGGGGAGGAGCGGACUUGUCCACCCCUGAAGCUGUAUCUGAGCUCUUUGGCACCACAUUGCCUUCCACCGUUUAUUUGGAGAUACCAAAUGGUGAGAAAUUUGCAGAGGAUCUUCAUUUAAAGGGAAUUCCUUAUGUGAUAUAUUGGAAGAACACUUUUUCUCGCUAUGCUGCUUGCCACUUUCGUCAUGCACUGCUUUCAGUUGUAAAGAGUUCAUCAACUCAUACCUGGGAUGCUUUUCAACUUGCGGAUGCUUCCUUUAGGCUUUACUGUCUCCGAAACAACCACGUCCUUCCUGCUAAAGGCCAUAAGAUUAGUGGUGAACUAGGGCCAUGUCUACUUGGAGAGUGUUUAAAAAUCAAUGUAGAUCCUCCGGCAGCAGAGGCAGAGGAAGAUGAAGAUGGUUCUUUAGAUGCAGUCCCUGCCAUUAAAAUACACGAUGAUGAUGUGAGCUUGAGGUUUCUUGUUUGUGGUGUACCAUGUGCAUUAGAUGCAAGCUUAUUAGAACCGUUGGAAGAUGGCCUUAAUGCCCUUUUAAAUAUUGAAAUACGCGGGAGCAAGCUUCAUGGAAAGUUCAGUGCUCCUCCACCACCUCUUCAGGCGGGAACUUUUUCUCGUGGUGUUAUUACCAUGAGAUGUGACGUAUCUACUUGUAGUUCUGCACACAUCUCACUUUUAUUGUCGGGAAGUGCACAAACGUGCUUUGAUGACCAGCUGUUGGAGAAUCACAUAAAGAACGAAAUUAUUGAAAAUAGCCAACUAGUUCGCUCACUUCCCAGCAGCGAGGGAAACAAACUACCUUUGUCUGAACCUCGAAAAUCUUCUUCUAUUGCUUGUGGAGCAACUGUAUUUGAAGUAUGCAUGAAGAUUCCUGCAUGGGCCUCACAGGUUUUGAGGCAACUAGCUCCUGAUGUUUCUUAUCAUAGUUUAGUGGCCCUUGGAAUAGCCAGCAUUCAGGGAUUACCUGUUGCUUCCUUUGAGAAAGAUGAUGCUGAGCGCCUGCUUUUCUUUUGCUCAAGUCAGGAGAGAGACAUAUCAAAUGGCUUGAUUUUCAGCAAUCCUCCUAGUUGGUUGAGACCGCCUGCUCCAAGUAGGAAGAGAUCUCAUCCAUGCCAAGAGAGAAGCGUGGUUGUGUAUGAUGGUUAUGGUCUUUCAAAACAAGAUAAUCCCAAAACAAAUGAAGAGGACAAGGGGAGAGGGUCAGUAAAUGGGGUUAGCACUCCACUACUGCCAGCAAGGCAACGAUUGAAAGUUGCAGCCAUGAGGCCAAUACCUCAUGUUCGUAGGCCAAAAAUGGUACCCUUUUCAGGAACUUCAGUGGCAGAUGGGCAUGAUGGAAGCCAAGUUAAGGCAAAUAUUCCGGUUGCUCCUCCCACCAAGCUCAGCAUAGUAGGAUUAACUCCUGCAACUCAGCGUAAAUCGUUGGCAAGCUCAUCACAGGCUAAGCAAAUUAUUUCCUUGAAUCCAUUGCCUUUGAAGAAACAUGGCUGUGGUAGAAGCCCAAUACAUGCUUGUUCAGAGGAGGAGUUUUUGAAGGAUGUGAUGCAGUUUCUAAUGCUUCGAGGACAUACCCGACUUAUCCCUCAAAGUGGUAUUGCCGAGUUUCCGGAUGCCAUACUCAAUGGAAAGCGUCUUGACCUCUACAAUUUGUACAAAGAGGUGGUUACCAGAGGUGGCUUUCAUGUUGGUAAUGGCAUUAACUGGAAAGGACAGAUCUUCUCUAAGAUGCGCAAUUACACCAUGACCAAUAGAAUGACUGGUGUCGGAAAUACGCUAAAAAGGCAUUAUGAAACUUACUUACUCGAAUAUGAAUUGGCUCAUGAUGAUGUGGAUGGGGAGUGCUGCUUACUUUGUCACAGUAGUGCUGCAGGGGACUGGGUAAACUGUGGUAUGUGUGGCGAGUGGGCGCACUUUGGCUGCGACAGAAGACAGGGUCUUGGAGCCUUUAAGGAUUAUGCCAAAACAGAUGGGCUUGAAUACAUCUGUCCACACUGCAGUGUCAGUAACUUCAAGAAGAAGUCACACAAGGUUUCAAAUGGAUUUGGUCAAGGACUAACAGCAUCAUCACGGCAGCUAUAAUUCAAUUUUGGUUAAGUUUCAUUGUUUGGCACUCUAAUUACAAGGUCGCUUUCUCCCCUAAUCCUGCACGAAAAAAUUGUUAGUUUGUUGGAAUGUGUACUAUUCAUUAAAGGAAUGGAAGUUGAUAGGGAAAGAGAAGUUAGGGGGAGAAAGAGAGGACUAAAAGGUAGGCAAGUAUAGAGUAUAUCAGUAUACUAAUGUUAAUGUAGGCCAAUAUAUUUAUCCUAAUUAGUAGUAGGAAACCUUCAUUUUUGUCUCCUUAUAUUGCUCUCUUUUCCUCCCCUUUUGUUAUGGGGUUUUGGGGAAUUUGAUGGAGAAGAAAUCUACGUUAUAUAGGAAAGGGUGGUUGUAAUAUAUUUGUAUUUCCAUUUUCCCGAAAUUGACAUCUACUAAUAUUUUUUUUCCUUAUUCAAUGAAAGCUAAUGAUAACAUCUA